CAUCUCUCUCUCCCUUUGUCUGUCUUCAUUCCCAGGUGGCGAGUCUUUCUGGGGGAAACCUUUCAAGGAUGAGUUUCGGCCGAACUUAUCUCACACCGGCCGGGGGGUUCUCAGCAUGGCCAACUCAGGUCCAAACACCAACAAGUCUCAGUUCUUCAUCACAUUCCGGUCUUGCACCUACCUCGACAGGAAGCACACAGUGUUUGGCAGGGUUGUCGGUGGAUUCGAGACCCUCACAGCUAUGGAGAAUGUGGAGAGUGAUCCGAAAACAGACAAACCGAAGUCGGAGAUCAAGAUCAUCAGUACGACUGUGUUUGUGGACCCGUACGAAGAGGCUGAUGCUGAGAUUGCAGCAGAGCGAGAAAAGGAGCUUCAGAAGCAGGAGGAGGAGAAGCAGCAGGCCAGCAUCGCCCUGAAGAAAGCCAAGGAGGACCAGGUGCCAAAGACCUUCAAAGAAGGUGUUGGGAAAUACAUCAACCCCUCCACAAUAAAACGUUCAGCGGCUGAAGACGACAGUGGCCCGUCCACCAGUGGAGCAGCAGCCAAGAAGUCCAAAGGGAAGACAAGUUUCGGAGACUUCAGCUCCUGGUAGCACUGACAGAUGCAACCUUCACCAGUCUGAAUUAACUGGUCAGCCUGAACGCCAACAGAGUUAAUUUCAUCCAUACUUUAGGUUUUUGUAUCAUCUGUCAUCUCUCAAUAGUGUUUCUUGCAUCCUGUGAAUCUAUAAAUAAAAGCUAAAUUUUUUCAUAGAUAAA